AAGACGAUUCAGAGAGUAGCACGGAUAUUUUCCUUACUGAAUCGAUUUGAUUACAUACUUUCAAUACUACCGAAAGAUGUUUUUACUAACAUGGAUUAUUUAAUUUUAAAUAACAAAGCCAUCCAUGCCAUCUCCUCGCAUCAAAUGCGGAAGACCUCUUUGUUCCCCAUGAACUUUCUUGCAAAUCCACGGGUAACAAAGCUGACACAUAUCAAAUUCUCUUUCAGCAUUAUUCAUCACUAUAAUCAAAGCCAUUGACUACCGUUCAUUCCAAUCCAACUCAAACUACACAACACGACAUGCCAUGUCAUCUAACUCUCCACCCUCCAAAAUAACAACACCCAUCCAAACCCCAAGCCAUAAAAACUAUGCAGCGUGCAACUAUCCUAACGCAAGCCCAUCUCUCCCAUCUCUCUCGGCUAUUCACCAUGGCCAACCGACUGAACUACUGCUUCUUCUACCUCUCUCUCAUCAUCUCAAUCUACACCCGGGUCCUCCCAGAAAACACACCGCUUCUCACGAGCACCGAAAUGCCGCUGCAAGUUCUUCCACUCGUCGAAAACCUUCAAAAGAUAUCCCAAAGAUUUCUCGAAGAAAUCGGGUUACGAUCCGCCAAUCCCGCACCGCUGCCCCCCGCCAAACCCUCGAAUCCAGAUGAUCGAAUCCCCCCGGAUCCAUCUGCAAAUCCUCCCGACGAUCCCUCCGACCACUCAUCAUACCACACACCCGACCCAUCCUCUUCCUCCUCAAAUUCUGAUAGUUUCCACACGCCCCCCUCCCCAGACCAGGAAUCCUCGCUCUCGAAACGCGAUAUCCGUGAAUCGGAAGCGCGGCUUGCGCAUUUUUAUCAGUCGUUGAAGAAGACGCCGAAAAGCAUUAGGCGGAAUAAGUGGAGAGAAGAUCCGAGGUUGGGGGGGUUGAAGAAUCAGGUUUUUGAGGGGAUUUUGGGGGUUGGCGGGUUUGGUAGUGUUUGUAUGUUUUUAUUUUACUUUUCUUCUUGCUUGGCUUUUCGUUUGAUUUUUUUUUUCUGGAGAGGAGUUGAAAAGGGGGAGGAUUUGGUUUCCUUGACUCUGAGGAAGAGAGAGAAAAUUUGAGUUUUGAGAAAGAAGCAAAUAGAGAGAAUCAGGGAUCCAGCAUUCUCGCUACCCCUAUCCUAUCCACAAAUACUCCAACCCCAAAAUACAUAAGCUAACCGUAUCUCCCCACCCCUAGUCCUCGUCCUCAACACCCUCACCCAAAAACGGUACGCUCUAAAAAUCCAAUCCGAAACCGCCGACCA